CACAUUUUGAUUGACGUAUUUUGUCGACUUGUCAUUUUCGAUUUCCUUUGGCUGCUACUUGUCAACAAAUAAAUGAUUUGGACGAUUUUUAAAUGUUCAUAUUUAUUAUUCUGAAUUAAACAUCCAACGAACUAUGGCGAUUACGUUGUGGAAUCUAUUUGAAGCAUCAUUAUUGUGCUUGAAUGCGGUAUGCAUUCUGAAUGAAGAAAGAUUUCUUAGCAAAAUUGGUUGGGGUUCCAAAAGCGCCGGCGUCCAUGGAUUUGGAGAAAAUCCUUCAACGAAAGCCCAGUUGUUUAACUUGCUCCAUUCCAUCAGGACGGUAGCUAGAGUGCCUCUGAUACUUCUCAAUGUAAUAACUAUACUGAUAAAGUUGGUGCUUGGAUGACACGUUUAGUCUAGAUUAUUGUAACAUUCUGUAUAUUUUCCAUACUUCUGUACUUUGUAAUGUCUUAUAUUGCUGUAUGAUAAGGUUUAUUAAAUUAUUUUGCGAUA